AAAGUUGGCCUUUUGUUCAAAUAUGGCGCUUGAGGACACCGAAUAUGACGUCAUGCACACUCCAGCCUAUAUAAACUCCGUGCAAAUGUACAAUCAACAUAUGCAACAAUAAAUAAUCCUUCGUUUGGGAAGUGAUGUUAUCCAACGAACAUAAAGGCAGCACGUGAUUUUUUCUUCGUAUAGUUAAAUUAGGGGCUGCAGUCAUUAAAGCUAGAAGGUAUUGAGUAGUGUAUCCAUAUUUAUUCAGUGGUGUGGGAAUUUGUUGUACUGAGUUUUUUAUUUUAGUUAUUGGUUUAUAUUAUAUUUAUAACCAAGUACACAAAAUGAAAUUGAAAGUUCUUGAAAUAAUAUUAUUGUCUCUGCUUGCAGUUUCUUCUGUGAAAGCCCAGGAAAAUGAUCUGACAACUGAUUCUGUCAUUUUAUCUGACCUUAACACUACACACUUCAAUGAAAGCACUACUACUCUUCUACCCUCCACUAGUAAAAAUGGCACUGAAAGCACUACUACUCUUCUACCCUCCACUAGUAAAAAUGGCACUGAAAGUACUACUACUCUUCUACCCUCCACUAGUAAAAAUGGCACUGAAACACCUAUAAGCUCCUCAACUUCAGCACCCAGUGGUAAGUGGAUAGUGGAGGAUGAAAAUAAAACAUGCAUCAUCUUGACCAUGGACGCUUCUUUCAACAUCAAAUACAACAAAACUGGUAAAAGUAUUGGAACUGGCAAACUUGAUGUUCCAAAAAAUGCUUCAGUUGAUACUGGAAAUAGUACGUGUUCGGGAGCAAAUUAUACUCAGAUUAUUGUGUUGGUUUUCAAUGGCAAUUCCUUAAUGAUGACCUUUGCCAACACUGAUAAAACGGUGUCGGUAACAAAAAUGAAGCUGAAUUAUAUUCUAGACAGUGUCAACUUCCCUAAUGCAUCUGAACCUAAUGCAAUGAAAGAAGUUAAAGUCAGUGAAACACUUUUUAAAGUAGACCAGGGUAAAGGUUAUGUGUGCAACAAGGCUGAGAAUAUCGAUUUUAACCUAAAUGUGACGAUGACAGUUUCCAAACUUCAAGUGGAAGCUUUCAGGACUGAUAACAGUUCAUACUUCACUGAAGAUAUUUUUGAAUGUGUUGCUGAUGAUGACAUUAGUGAUAUUGUUCCAAUUGCUGUUGGCUGUGCUUUGGCUGGAUUGGUUCUGAUUGUGCUUAUUGCCUACAUAGUUGGUCGUCAUCGCAACCAUCAGAAGAGUUACCAAUCAAUGUAGAAUAAGAAGUAUAGGCUAUGUCAUUGUUUACACUGUUUCCAACAUUCUUAUUUAUGAUAUCUACACAUUUUGAAUUAUUUGUAUUAAAAGUGUACAGUAACAAUAACUCCUUAAUAUAAUUACUAGAAUUUCACUUUAACCAAAGAAUUUUGAAUAAUAAAUAUUUAAAAAUAAAAUGUUUUAUGCACUUUACUUUCAAUUUGCUUUUAAAAGCUCUGUACUGUAACAAGGACUACAAUUUCUGGUUAUUUCAAUAGUAUAUCAAAUUAUUCAUUGGUAAUUACAAUUACUUGUUUUAUAUUGCUGACAACAAUGGAUACUUCUGCAUGUUUUUUAACUAAUUGCUAAUGAGCAUUAUGUAUUUGUGUUGCUUAUAAUUUUGUUUGAUUAUCCAAAUAAUUCCCACUUUAAGGUGUAGCGUUUAGUGUGGGGUGAACAGAACUUGUAUUGAAUUUAAUAUUACUGUGAU